AUGGAUGCGACUCACUACAGCUUCACCCAGCUGUUGGCCAUUCGUGGUUCGACGCUGCAGACUUCACUUGAGCAGAAACUUCUUGACGGUGCCAAGGGCAACCCAGCCUUGAUGGACAUCUUGCGUCAGAAGCAUCUCGGCCGCCAUCGAAGAGCCCCAUUUCUCUCCAGGGCCAACAUGGAGAUCCGCAAGUCCUCCUCAGGCGAUUCGGAACUUCAAGAACCGACCAAACCUCGGGCUCCUCGUCUCGUCAUUCCGCUUUGCGACCAGCCAGCUCGCCACACCGUUCGCCACACCGCCGGAGACGUCAGCCAGCUCGAUGGACAAGCCGGUCGGCAGCUUGAUGGACAAGAUGCCGAGCCCGAUGUCGAGCCCAAUGUUCUUCCCGAGGUACCAGCCCAACGAUCUGUGCUUCCUGACCAGAAGCGAAAGGGAUUCGAGCAGUUCUACGAAGCUGUACGAUCCCCCACCCAUGUUCGAGUUACUGCCGGAGGCAGAAUCGUUCCCAACACUUUCGAGGCCCCUCACUCGUCCCCCACUGGCAAAAGCAACAGAGAGAGAUUUGCCGGUGACAUCAAUGGUACGCAGCCGCCGCUGGGACAGCAUGCCUUCAAUGGGACUCAAUUUCUGCCCGCGCCCCCGUUGAUGGGCCCUAUGCAUCCUACCAUGCAUUCUGCUUUCCCCAUGAUGGCGCAAGGUACCGGCCCGAUGCCUCACUUUGGCGGAUUCGCGAUGCCGCCUUUCGCUCUUCCUCAGGUUUCGUCCCAGACGAUCUUUGCCCAUUCCAUCGGCGGCCCAAAUACCGCCGGCAAUGCUGAAGACAAGAAAGAGUACGAAGACGGCUCUCUUCCUGUCGGCGUCCCGAUGCCGAUGCCGCCUUUUGGCGGUCAGUGGUUUCUCCCUCCACACCCCAUGAUGCCGAUGGGUAUGCAAUUCCCUGGUGGCCCAAUAGUGCCCAUGGCUUUCAGCCCCAUGGGACAGCCGAUGGCAUACCAGCAAAACCCCCAGCCUGUGCCUGUGACAGGAAACAGAUCUUUCGCGUCGGCUAUGCAAACUGAAAGCUGCCCUGUCUCGUCCAUUCGGCCUAGCAUCAUCACGAAGAACCAGCUUGCUGGUCUCCGUUCCAGCCUCAAAAAGGCAGAGGCCCAAUUGGCUUACAACCGUCAUCAAAUCGACGAGAAGCACAUGGAAGAGUAUGCUCGCCAGCUGCGUUCCGACAUUGAGCACUUUGAGAUCAAGCUCAAGGGGGAGCUUUCAAUUGAAGAUAAUGCCCCUCCUCAACAAAACGAUAUGAAGGAGAAGAGCGACUCCAAGACCUCCAAGGAGCCAAAGUCCACCAUCAUUUCUCGCAAAGCGCACUUCUCGAUGGCUGAUGAUAGCGAAACCAAGAACGAGCCAACCAGCAACGCCCCGGUAAAGACAGCUGAGGAGGUCAAGACCUCCGGACCUCGCAGGAAGGACAGAGUCAAGCUUGCGGUGGAUACAUCUAUGGCAUCCGCUCCUUUCAUCAACUCCAACAUGUUCUCUACCAUCUCCCGGGUGCCCUUCGACCCCGCCGGACAGCAACGAGAACAGGAGUCCGAGCAUGCGCGCAAGCCUUCCACCGGUCUUCCUGUAUCUGCUGCUUUGGCGCCUGUGUUCCAGCCUCGCCUGGAUCCUCGCCGUCUCAGCGAGAACACGCCCCCUGUUUCGGCUGUCCUCAACGGAGAGAAGGACACGCACACGACUCGCUUCCAUGGGCCCGUUCCCACCAACCUUGAAGAAUCUCGGUUGCUGUCUUCCACUGCUCCUCCGACACCUGCCCAUGAUAUCGAAGAGUUUUCCAACUUCGCUCGCGACAAUGCUGGCCUGGGACUGCCAUACCUUGUUGGCGAAGUACCUUUCGGGAUGGACCCUAGCCCUGACCUCAAGGAGUACAUCUACCACCGUCCCCUCAACCAGGACGAAGAGAUGGCCAAGCACCUUUUUUGGACUGACGCUCCUGAGCACUUGCGCCAGAAGUUCCCCAAAUUCGAUGGGAAGGACUUCUACCCCAUUUCCCCGGAGAAGAAGCCUCGCCCUCGCGUGGCUAACUCCAACCUGCCCACCGGCCGACCCGAGCAAGACUAUGGCUUCUCGCUGCCGACGGCGGACCUGGAUCCUUUUGCGCCUUUGGAGCCCUACCGCGAGAACACCCUUCGGAAGCCGACUUUCAAAGAGAGGGAAGUGAAGGACAUGAAGAGAGACACCAAGUCGGACAACGUGACCUCGCCCAUGAAGCGUCGAAACAAGCUGCGCCCCGUUGCCUACUUCAACAGCCAGGGUAUCGACGAGUCGAAGCAAAGCUCUAGCUCGUCCGAGAAUGUGGUCGAGACAGACUCCGAGAGAGCCUACUUCAACUCUUGUGUUCGUACCUGGUCUGAGAGAGUCACGGCAGCAGCGACCGCCCUUCCCGGAACCGUCACGUCGGAGAAUGCCCAGGGUUAUCUUCCGCAGUACGCCAUCGGCCAUGCUGCAGCUUCAUUGUCGCCCGCCAUUGCCAAAGCACCCAACCAGUCCACCCGUCCGUCGCCCCCCAAGCUGAACAACGAUGGCCACAUGAACCCCAGCACGAGCUUGCUCACCGUGUCAGCUGAAGGUCGAGUCGAGAACCGUCCUCCCAUUCGAUUUGUUACCAAGUGA